AUGGCGCGCGGGAAGGCUGACCGGGCGCUAACUGUAGGCAAGAAGCUCGAGAUCAUCGACGAGGUCGAUCGAACGGGUCUGCUAGCAGCUACUGCGCAAAAGUACGGCGUGAAGACGGGCCAGAUCCGUGAUUGGCGGAAAAACAUCACGCGGCUGCGAGCCACGGACCCGUCGCGUCUCGUCUGCGCCAGCACCAUCCAGCGCGGCCACUUGGUGUUCAACGAGACGUACGCGCAGUACUGGGUCGGCUACAACAAGUUUUGCAGCACGAGGACGAAGUUCAAUGAGCUCAAGAGCGACCUGCGCAUGCGACAUGAGGACGUUGUGCGUGAAGGCGUGAGUGAGUGCAAUUAUCCGGCGACCAUUGACCCGACGGCGACGCACACACUGGAGUGUCUUGAACACAGUGAUCUUUACAUGACAGAGGAGACCACGGCUUCUUAUGUGAAGGACAUGACGAGAUUGCGGAAGCAAUUGGGCAAGUUUUUCGGACAGAAACCUUUUUCUACCAAGUUCUUGUACUUUGUUACUCGAUUCGAUUUCAUUAAGCCGAGUCUAAAUGAGCGGUCGGAUGGAGAUGAGGCAGGAGAUUUCAAGAAGAAAAAGGAGGCGAGCGAACAGAAGAACAAAGCGGUUAGCGUAGAGGAUAUCAUUUCAUUCUAUGUUGCAAUCUGUGGCAACGGGUCGAAAAUGGUCCCGAUGUCGGUCUUUCCCCCGAUGGAGGAGUGGCACUGGGAACGCAAGAAAAGGGUCAAGCUGCGACACGCACACAGCAUGCACCGCACUAAACUGAACGAUCCGGGGGAAGCUUUGCAAUUCUUUGCAGUGACGUGGCGAAAGUUUUACGAAAAGGACGCCAAGUACGUUGAUAAGUUUGCGUUUUUGCUUGACAGCUCAAUCGAGGAGUUCCAGGCUCCAGAGUUUCUGGAUGGUUUGAAACUGCAAGAGGGCUAUAACAAGUACUGGACAACCAUGUACACGGUACGCAAUCCGCUGCGUUUCUCGCGUUUCGAGGACACGCUUUCGGAUUUUGUCAUGGAGGAGUGGCGCAGUAUUCUUCAAAUGAAGAAGUCAAGUCAGCCCAAUGACUACCGCAAGUGCAUCGCGUUUUGGUUCUACUCUGCAUGGGAAUAUUUUGCAGGAGACAAUGCACGUAUAGCGUUUCGAAGUUGUAACAUGUAUCUGGAAGACGAGGCCGCGUGGAAUACGGCAAUGAACGAGAAUACGGUAUGA